GGAAAAUAAAAAACAGGAUUACAAGAAAAGAAGAAGAUUUCUUUAAAUUCGGGACAAACUGAAGCUGAAAUGAGUUCUCCGGCUCUGCUCCACCUGCUGCGAUGCGCUCGCUCCUCCGUCACCAGGAGAACCUUCCUCACCUGCACCGCCUCACGCCAGGUCGAUCUGCCUCAAGGGGGCGGGGCUUUGCCCGGGGUGCGGCGGGCCAGCGGGUCGACUCGCUUCGACUCGUUUGGCAUCUGGGACAACCGAAUAGAAGAACCGGUACUACGGCCCCCCGGGCCCCCCCACGGAGAAGCCACUCCACGGGUCGGUCUGUCCCGGGUCGGCAGCGCCUCCGUCCUGGGUCUCAGGAGGCAGAACGAGGACCGCCUCAGCGUGGCCCGUAUCCAUGACGACCUGCUCUAUUUCGCCGUGUUCGAUGGCCACGGCGGUCCACACGCCGCCGACUACUGCUCCACCUUCAUGGAGAAGUUCAUCAGAGACGCUCUGGAGGAGGAGGACGACCUGGAGAAAGUUUUGAAGAAAGCCUUUGUAGACGUAGAUGAGGCUCUACACACACACCUGAGCUACUUCAACAAUGACUCCUUUCUGACAGCCGGUACCACGGCAACGGUUGCUAUGCUACGCGGCGGCGUGGAGCUGGUUGUCGGCAGCGCCGGCGACAGUCGGGCGCUGCUGUGCAGGAAGGGAAGAGCCAACAAGCUCACCAGAGACCACACCCCUGACCACAAGGACGAGAGACGCAGGAUCCAGAGGUCCGGAGGCUUCGUGACGUGGAACGGCGUGGGCGAGGCCAACGUCAACGGGCGCCUCGCCAUGACGCGCAGCAUCGGAGACUUCCACCUGAAGGCCAGCGGCGUCAUCGCCGAGCCGGACACGCGGCGCCUCGCAGUCCAGCACGCCAGCGACUCCUUCCUGGCGCUGACCACCGACGGCAUCAACUUCCUGCUGAGCGACCAGGAGAUCUGUGAUGUCAUCAACCAGUGCCACAACGCUGCGGAGGCCGCCGAUGUCAUCGCUCAGCGGGCGCUGCAGUACGGCUCGGAGGACAACGCCACCGCCAUCGUGGUCCCGCUGGGAGCCUGGGGGCAACAUCAGAGCUCCGCCGGCGUCUACAGCCUGAGCAGAACCUUCUCCUCCAGCGGGAGAUGGGCAUAGACGACGCACACGCAUACCCUUAUGUCAUUUUUUAAAUCACUUAAAUCAUAACAUAUGUAAAAGUAACGUGAUACCAGAGGUAUUUUUAUAUAGUUUCUCAAAUGUGAGUUUUAUUUUGUUAAAAUCUACAGUUAGAAUAUUUUAUAUUUGGCCUUCAGGGACUUCAGGUGUUCAGACUCAGAGCUCUAAGGAGGAGAUUUUAAUUUGAAAAAAAAGCUUAAUUUCUCCAAUUCACAAGAGUGUUUUUGAAGAAGAUCCCAAAUCCUCCACCAGUGCUGUGACCUGUUUUAAAUCAGCUGAUUUCAUCUCAGAGGUCCAGAUGGAAUCUGAGUGAAGAGGCGUUUCUAAAUGAAGAAACAAAUUCCUACAUGUGACCAUAACAACAAGGCAAACACACACAGACACACACACACACACACACACAGAACUUGAUCCAGAAAACUACGUGACUGCCUGCGUGUGUGUUGACCCUAAAGAUAUUUAUGACGUCAGU